UUCGUGGCAUCAAAGCAAUCAAAGACACUCGACGAUUGUGUUUAGGACGAUGUUUUGUCGUACAGUGGAACACAACAAUGCGGUCGUUACCUGGUUGACUCGCAACUAAUCACUCCCGGGACAAGGUGGGCGACGAUUGAAGGUUGCUAGAGAACCUCAAUGUGGUUAAUUUAUCUUGACUUUGAAGGAUAAAUAAUGCCAAAUAAGCGUUCACGAUACACCGAUCAUUGCCUGGCGAUGUUUUGAGUCAGCGGCCACGGUGCAAAGAAGAGAACAUUUCGGAUCGUCAACGUUGUCAACAUCGGUCAGGUUUGAAGAGUCAUCGUUACAUAGAUUUACAUACAAUUUCAGAUGUACAUAGUCAAUAUGGUAUUGUAGUUUAUAACCAGCAGCCUUUACAUAGCAAGAGAAAAACUACACAAAAACAGUACAAAUCGGACAAGUGUGUGGGAUUAGUUAGGAGAAUAAGAAAACGGACAAGAUGAACCAGAAUAAGCGAAAACGACAAAUUACGUUGAAUGAAAAAGAGCUACACCACGUGACUCACCUGCAAUCCAUCUACAUGAAUAGAUCGGAUAAAAAAACACCGACACAAGAAAGUUUUGCAGCGUCUCGAAGAAAUCCAGGAAGAAAAAGUGAAGGAACACAACAGGAAAGUCGAAGCGCGAGUACAAGCUUAUAAGGAGUCUGUAGAAAAACAAAAGAAAUGUCUUGAGAGAAUGAGAGUUAGAUAUUUAGACGAUCAAUCGAAACGACUUGAGACACAAUUUAUGAGUUGGAGUGGGGUCGACACGGUUGUCGUGGGCCAACCUUUCAGAAGCGACUACGGUUUGCCGGAGCAGCAUGAGGAUAAAGUGUAUGCUGUCAAAAAUCAUGUCACCAAAAAAAAGGAAAAACUCACCAAAAUAAAAAAGAAUCCGAAACGAUUACGGGAAAAAAACAAGGAGAAACUGGAUAUGGUGUUGAAUCCUACUUAUGGUGUUCACGAGCCUGAGAGAGUCUUGUUGUCCGACGUCAGUCUUGAUGAAAUACGAGAGGCAACGAAACAGGUGACUAAGAAGGAGCAUCGCACCGAUAAUGGAUCCGAUGAAGUAAUUGGUCUCGAAAACGAAUUCACUUUUCUUCGCUUACUAGAGACGGUUUCAAGUUGAUUGCCUCAUCAAAUGUAUUAUCACUUGACAAGUUGUAGUCACGUGGUGUAUGUAGUGUUAUGGAACGGAUUCGUUAAUUUCCACAAUCAUUUGUGCGUGACUCAGUCGAACUG